AUGUCCUCUUUACAGUCACUACGCGAAAAACUCCAAGCUGCUUCAGUUGAUUUUCAGAAGGUUCAGGUAGACCUCAGCAAUGUUGUAGAAGCUAGGCAAAGGUUAGACGCCCAGUUGUCCGAAAAUGAACUCGUGAAAAAGGAAUUCGCUGUGUUAACGCCUGAAAACAUCAUAUACAAGCAGAUUGGACCUGUUCUUGUAAAACAGGAUCAGGCAGAUGCGAAAAGCACGGUCGAUACUCGAUUGGACUUCAUCCGGGGGGAAAUUAAACGUAUAGAGACGCAACUGAAAGAUAUCGAAGCAAAAUCGGAACAGAAAAAAUCGGAGAUUGUCGAAAUUCAAACAGCAAUCCAACAGCAGAGCCAGCCUUCUGCAUAA